AUGUCCGCCGACGACUCGCACCUCCUGGGUGUGCUUACGGACUACACAAAAGACGUACGGAACUUCACAGGAUCAAUAUGGGACGCCAGCGACCGACACUUUGCCAACGUAGCCGGCUAUGUGAAGCGACACGUCCCCGAGCACUGGCUGCCUGAGUAUGCGCGACCGCCCCCGCCGCCUCCUCCACCACAUCGUGUGACUGGUGCCUACAUCGAGCGACUCCAAGACUGGGUAUCAAGGAACCGCGCACUCACUGCAGCAAUCGUCGCAUUCUUUGGCACAGGGAGCUACAUGCUAUGGAGGCAGAAUAGGUCUCACAACCGCAAGAGGAGGGCGAGGCGAGCAAGCAAUGGAGCCAGGCGAGAGGUCGUGGUGAUUGCUGGGCCGCCAAAUUCGCCCAUCACGCGGUCGCUGUCACUAGAUCUUGAGCGCCGCGGCUUCGUCGUAUACAUCGUGUGCUCGAGCAUGGACGAGGAACAACAGGUCUUGAGUGAGUCGAGAGCAGAUGUCAGGCCGCUGCACCUUGACGUUGCAGAUACCAUGGGUACAGAAGAAGCUAUGGAGCGCUUUCACACCAUGCUCACAAGGCCACAUGUCGCCUUCCAGGGUGCAAGUCCACACAACCUAAACCUACGAGGCGUCGUGCUUGUGCCAGACUUGAUUUUCCCUUCAGGACCGAUAGAGACCGUUCACCCUGAGCUAUGGUCGGAUGCCCUGAAUGCCAAAGUACUGAACACAAUAGCAGUGACGCAGGCGCUGCUCCCGACCAUCUGUCAGUUCAAGUCAAGGGUACUCAUGCUUACCCCAAGCAUCGUUGCGUCAUUACGGCCGCCGUUCCACAGCGUCGAGACUACGGUCGUGUCUGCGCUCGAGGGUUUCCUUGCGACUUUAAGAGGAGAGCUUAGGACCCUGAGUAUCGAUGUCAUACAAUUCCAUCUCGGGACAUUUGAUUUUUCAAAUGUCGGUCCGAAACACCAACUCCAAACAAAAGCAGCUCCAAACCCGCAUGCCUGGCCCACAACUACACGGCAGCUGUAUGCUGAUAACUUUGUAAACCACACACGGGUAGGGCAGAGUCGAGGGUUGUUCAAUCAGAAUAGUCAUGGCACCUCCUUACGUGAACUGCACAACGCUGUCUUCGACGCAGUGACCCAGAAACGUCCACGCAAGGUCUGGUGCGUUGGCCGCGGUAGUGUGACCUAUGGACUUAUAGGAGACUGGGUACCAUCCAGUCUGGUAGAUUGGAUGAUGGGCCUGAGACGUGUGUCGCUCGACACAGCAUCCAAGCCGAAGUUGGAGGACAGCGUGCAGUCGUGGGAGAGAGUCGAGGCUGUUGCGUGA